AUGAGAGAUCAAGAUAUUGUCGGCGCCGCCUUGGCUUCCGUCUUGCCUCAACAUGACCGCCCCUGGUUUCGUGUCCCACAUCUGCUGCAACUCAAUCUGAUCCUACUCGUUCCUCUUCUCUCAUCUGCAGUCGCUGGAUAUGAUGGCUCUUUGAUGAACGGCCUGCAAUCGAUUGCUGAAUGGAAGGGCUACUUCGGCAACCCGUCCGGGUCAAUACUCGGUGUUGUCAAUGCCGCACAGUCUAUUGGUAGUGUCAUCUCAUUGCCUUUUGUUGGCAUUCUGUCGGAUAGAAUUGGACGUCGUUGGACCUUACUUUCAGGCGCAAUCGUGAUCGUAAUUGCAUCAAUUAUCCAAGCUGCCUCUGUGCAGUAUGGUAUGUUUGUGUUCUCUCGUGUGCUGGUGGGGGUUGGUUCAAUGCUGGUAACACAGCCAUCCCCCAUGCUCAUCACAGAGCUGGCCUACCCAACUCAUCGAGGAAAAUACACAAGUGCGUUCUGGACAUUCUACUACCUAGGAGCUAUAUUGGCUUCAUGGGCCUCAUAUGGUACACAAAAGCAUAUGAGUGGGUCAGACUGGAGUUGGAGAGUGCCUUCAAUUGUCCAGGCUGGGUUCCCCGUCGUCCAAAUAAUAUUCUGGUCCUUUGUACCUGAGUCCCCAAGAUGGCUUAUCGCAAAGGGCAAAAAGAAAGAAGCCGAGGAUCUACUGGCGCGAUUUCAUACCGCUGGCGAUAUAUCGCACCCGCUAAUUCAAUUCGAAAUGAGCGAGAUCGCACGUACAAUUGAGAUGGAGAGUCGAGCUUCUGAAACCAAAUGGUCGACACUAGUUAAGACCCCUGGAAACCGCAAACGUACAUUGAUUGCUAUUUGCAUCGGUGUGUUUGCUCAGUGGAAUGGUGUUGCGGUGGUAUCCUACUAUCUCACGCUUGUGCUGGAUACCGUCGGAAUCAAAGACUCGGACACUCAAACCCUCAUUAAUGGUCUUCUCCAAGUUUUUAAUUUCAUUAUAGCCGGCAGCGCAGCCCUAUUAGUCGAUCGACUCGGACGCCGAACGUUGUUCUUGUGGUCUGCGGCGGGCAUGCUGGUCUCGUUUGUCAUCUGGACCGCAUGCUCGGCCGUAUUUGAUAUAACAAACGCGGGUGCUCUGGGGAAGACGGUGAUAGCAUUCGUGUUUAUCUUCUAUUUCCACUACGAUAUUGCAUACACACCACUGUUAUUAGGCUACCCGACCGAGAUAUUCCCAUAUUCCAUCCGCAGCAAGGGACUUACCGUGGAGCUGAUGAGUGUCUACGGCUCCUUGAUUGUACUUGCUUUUGUCAAUCCAAUCGCAUUGGAUAAGAUUGGUUGGCACUACUAUAUCUUUUACUGUUGCUUCGACGUGGUCGUGCUAGUCGUGACUUGGUUCCUAUUUCCCGAAACUAAAGGUCAUUCCCUGGAGGAAAUUGCGGAGGUUUUCGAUGGGCCCUCUGCCGCGAUAAACAGUUCAACUCUUUAUAAACAGGAUGACUUUGAUGGGAAGGGGAAAUGUAGCACAGAGCAUGCAGAACACGUCGCAUAG